UUUGGUGGGUAAUAUCGAUGAAGCAACUGCGAAGGCUACGAACUUAGAAAUGGAGGGGAAAUUGAAGAAAUGACUUUAAAUCUUUGUGUACUGACCCCCAAUCGAAUUGUUUGGGAUUCAGAAGUGAAGGAAAUUAUUUUGUCCACUAAUAGUGGACAAAUUGGAGUAUUACCAAAUCAUGCACCUAUUGCUACAGCUGUAGAUAUAGGUAUCUUGAGAAUACGCCUUAAUGACCAAUGGGUAACAAUGGCUCUGAUGGGUGGUUUUGCUAGAAUAGGCAAUAAUAAGAUCACCAUUUUAGUAAAUGAUGCCGAGAAGAGUAGUGACAUUGAUCCAGAAGAAGCUAAACAAACUCUUGAAAUAGCAGAAGCUAACUUGAGUUAAGCUGAAGGCAAGAGACAACUAAUCGAGGCAAAUCUAUCUCUCCGACGAGCUAGGACAUGAGUAGAGGCUAUCAAUAUGCUUUCGCAAUAAGAAAAUUGGUGUAUACGAAUAAUUCUAAAAAGUGAAAUAAAAAAAUGAAAUAGAAGAAAAUAUA